AUGCAGUUCACCGUAAUGCCCGAGCUGCCGACGCCGCCCGCGCCUGAGGUCAUGGCCAAGACUGCGCAGUCCAUUACGUUGCGCGUGCAGAAACCGCCUAUCGCAGAUGGUGACGCGCAGUAUAAGCUGCAAGUGAGUUACAGUGGCCAUGGCUACGUCUUUUACUCCUGGAACGACUCGACGCUGUUUACGGGCAGCAUGUUCCCAGUCAAAGGUCUUUGCCCCAAUACAACCUAUGUCUUCCGCGUGCGCCUGGUGCAGGAGAGAGCUCGACAAUGCGGGGAGUGGUCGGUCUUGACCCCAAAUGUGCGCACGUUUACAGAGGAAGAAGACGCCAAGCGCUCGGGUACCGUGUUCGAGCACGCGCUCAAGCUCGAGCGCGAGCAAAAGAGCGCUCUCCAGGGCCAGAUCUCCAAGCUCACGGGCAUGCUGGACGAGCGGAAGGCCGCACGGGAGAACGAAGCCAAGCCGCAGCAGCACGAGGACAUGCUGGCCAGUCGCCGCAUUAUCGACACGAGCCUCGGGAAACUGCAGCAGGAACUGAGUGCUCAGACGCUGGCGUUGCAGACGAUCAAGAGUCAGCGCGCUGCUGACGAGCAGAUGAUUACGGAGCUGCUGAAUGAGCAGGAGACGCUGCGGUCCGCGCAGAGCAAGCAGCAGGGACAGGUGAAGUACGAACUUGAGAUGCAGACGCUCCGGAGUCAACUGGAAAAGAACGAGGAAGCGCUGAGGAAGCACCAGGAGCAGGUGAAUACCAGUCAUGACCAGAUCUCAAAUUUUGAGGCGUCGCUUGAGGCGAAGGAGCGGGAGAUCAGGCAGAAAGAGGAGGAAGUGGAAAAAAUAACGGCCGACUGCAACCGCAUGGUACAGGAGCAAGCUGAUUUCGCCCACGUCAAGCAGCUGGAGGUGGAAGAUGCCUUGCUGGAGGCAAAGACGUCGCUGGAGCAGCAGCUGGACGUCAACACGUACUUGCGUGAAGAGGUCUCGCGUCUGCGUGAGGAGAAUCAUCACCUGAAGAACCAGAUCAAGGAAGUGGACUCGGAGAUUGUCCCAAAGCUGGUGCAUCUUGAGGACGAGAAUGAACAGCUGCGCGCUCAGCUUAGCCGACGGUAG